AUGUGCUACUAUGGCAACUACUGUGGUGGCCUGGGCUAUGGCUAUGGUGGCCUAGGCUGUGGCUAUGGCUAUGGUGGCUACGGUGGCUAUGGUGGCUAUGGUUAUGGCUGUUGCCGCCCCCUGUGCUGUAGAAGAUACUGGUCCUAUGGCUUCUACUGA